AGGCCGGUACUCCUGUUAAACAAGUACGUAGCAAGAAGGAUGGGUGUAAGCCCGAAUGCCAUAAGGAAACUGCGGCAAAAGUUCAUGGAGACUGCCAGGUGAAGGAUAGACCUAAAGUAACGACUCGUCGAGAGGAUAGACUGGUCAUUAAUCGGACAUUACGGCGAAGGACAUCAACAG